CUGUAACCGGACCUCCCCCGCGCGGCUCUUUAAAGAGUGUGGGGGUUGUAUUUACCGGCGCUGAAUCUGCGCUCGCGCCUCCGGGAGCGAAGGCUCGCGCAGCGCUUUCCAUGGUGCGGGACACUCACACACUGGCUCGCGCAGCGUCGCCCUCGGAUAUACGGUGCUCUCGCUGGGCGGACCGGUAGCGACCCCCCUUCCCCUCCGCUUCCACACACACGCGCGCGCGCCACAUACACACCAACAGCCGGGAUCACUCGCGCGCGGCUCAAAUCGAUGCGCGAGAGGACGACGGCUGGCGCUCGCGGGCACGCGGACGGUAACGGCUCAGGGAUUGGAGCGGCGGGACAAAUGAAUACAAAUGAAUUUAGCGACCCCCAGGAGAGCGCGCGGGACCUCUCACGAGUGGGCAACGAGAGCUCUGCUUCUGUGUACUCUUCUGAGCUGUACUUGUUAUCUAGGACUCACACAAGUACUGUCUGAAGAUGUGGAUGUCCUGCAGCGUCUGUCUCUGCGUGUUGAGCAGGGGUCCCGCACCAUCCCUUUUGGAGUCAUCUCCCUCCGCUCCGGUGUUAUCCUCACGCCCCGUGCGAGGGUCACCACAGCAACACGCUCCGUGCUUCCACCGGAUGCAGCCUGGAAUGCCACGCUUGUGCUGAGUGUCCGCUCUCACCGUGUCAACUCUGCUUUUCUUUUCUCUGUUUUUUCUGGCACCCGGAUCCAGCUGGGCCUGGAGAUUUCCCCCGGGACAUUGACUCUUUACUCAGGACUCCAAAACUCUGUCAGCUUCCCCUAUGACCUCCAUGACGGCCGUUGGCACAACCUGGCCAUCGUCCUGGCUGGCCAGACGGUCACCUUGCUGCCUGCAUGUAACCACAGCGACAGCAGGGGUGCAUCCAAGGAACUACUGUUGCCCCCUCCAGCCCGUUUGGACCCUCGCGGGACAUUUCGGCUAGGUGGCAGCAGCGCCCUGUUACCGGGCGUUGCCCCGUUUGAAGGGGCCAUAUGCCAGUUUGACAUUGUGCCCACGGCACGGGCACAAGCAAACUACUGCAAUGCCAUCCGCAGGCAGUGCAGAGAAAAUGACACUUACAGGCCCGCCCCGCCCCCUGUUUUACUGCCACUCCAACAUCAUCAUACUUCAUCCACCUCGGCCCCAAAUUUGCCUUCUAAUCGUACCUUCACAACUGUGCCCACUAGUAUACCACGGACAGCUCUAAAUAGUGCCAUUGGGCCGGUUGUUGGGUCCCGGCUGAACACCCCAUCUGUCACUCCCACACCUCUAAUCCCGACUGGGACGGGACUUGAACCACCACCAUCUCGAAAACGCUUAAUCACUGCAACCACAGUGUCCCCUCUCAAAACGCCCAAACCCUCGGCCAAAAACAGCCUUAAACCCACAGCUUCCAAACCCACAGCUUUCAAACCAGCAGCCACUGAUAAAUCUAAAUCAGUGGGGUUCAAAUUCACCACAGCAAGAACUCAAAUGAAACCUGUUACUGCCAAACCUUACAGUGCAAAAAAACUCACUAAUAUAAAACCCACUGUCUCAAAACCCAUCAACACAAAACCCACUGUCCUCAAACCUACCAUCUCCGCAAAACCCAACAAUCCCAAACCCACUACUGCAUCAAAGCCCACAAACCCAAAACCUAGUGCCACCAAGCCAGCACCAUCGAAGCCCUCUAAACCCACAACCACCAAACCCAAGACAGUCAAACCCACAGUGCAGAAAGCCCCUCUUCUCAAGCCAUCUCCUCCUCUUCCUAAACCCACUCUGGAAAAUACCACCAAAAAACCUCCAAUGAAGCCCCAACACAUCACAGCUCCCACUGUAACCAGCUCCACUAAGAAACAAGCAGACAAGACAAUGUCUUUGACUGACCAGCGUUCAAAUGCUCCAAAGAAACCUACCAGCAGUCCAGCUAAAAAAACACAGAAGCCCAAAACCAACACUCAGCGAUUACCUAGACACACUGCUCCCACACCCAGACCAACACAGUUCACCACCCUUGUUCCAAGGACACCCCAAAACACCCUGCCAACUCCUAAAACCCUCCAAAGGACCCCACGACCUCCUGUUACACCACCAACAGUAACCCUGGAGACGCUGACGGUUCUGCCCGCUGAUGGUUUUCAGGGUUGGAAUCUGGAUCCAACGAUGUAUGCAUAUUUAAUUGGACCACCGGGCCAAAAGGGAGAGCCAGGACCUUUGGGAAUUCGGGGACCUCCAGGAAAACCAGGACUGCCAGGGAAGCAAGGGCCUCAAGGACCACCCGGACCACAUGGUAAACCAGGACCACCAGGUCCCCCAGGGUUUAAGGGGCAGAAGGGUGACCCUGGAAUAUCUCCCGGAAAAGCUCCUAAAGGAGAGAAAGGAGAUCCUGGAAUCCUGGGUCCUGUUGGUUUAUCUGGUUUGGAAGGGCGAAAGGGACUGAAAGGUCAUCCUGGACCACCUGGCCUCCCGGGAGAACCAGGUGAACAAGGGCCUGAGGGAAGUUCUGGUGCCAAAGGCUAUCCUGGCAGGCAGGGGCUUCCCGGACCUAUAGGUCCUCCUGGGCCAAAAGGUGUGCGGGGCUUUAUUGGGAUCCCAGGCCUGUUUGGUUUACCUGGACCUGAUGGUGAAAGAGGCAGUCCUGGUCCUCCAGGGAAGAGGGGCACGAUGGGUACGCCGGGUUUUCCGGGAGAUUUUGGAGAGAGGGGUCCACCGGGAGCUGACGGGGAGCCAGGUGUUCUUGGUGCCUCCGGCCCCCCUGGAGUUCUCGGCCUCAUCGGUGACAUGGGCCCAGCUGGACCAGUUGGUUUACCAGGAUUGGACGGACUGAAGGGAGUUUCCGGGAAUAUGGGCGAGCCUGGACUGAAAGGUGAUAAGGGUGAUGUUGGGCUUUCUGGAGAUCAAGGAGAACCAGGCUUCCAAGGAGACAAAGGUGUCCAGGGUUUACCAGGGUUGCCAGGUCCACGAGGAAAACCAGGACUUCAGGGUAGAAUAGGAGAGAGGGGACCUGACGGGGUGCCUGGUCCACCGGGUCCGGAAGGUUUUCCUGGUGACAUCGGACCACCUGGACAAAACGGCCCUGAAGGACCAAAGGGCAAAAUCGGAGCAAGAGGGUUACCGGGACCUCGUGGGGCUUCAGGACUAGAGGGAGAGGAGGGACCUGUUGGACCACCUGGGCCGGCGGGACUUGAGGGUACUAUGGGCAAGAAAGGUUUUCCAGGGAAAGUCGGGCCUGAAGGAGUUAAGGGCGAGCAAGGAGUCACCGGAAAGGCUGGGCCAAUGGGAGAGAGAGGUUUAGUUGGUUUCGUUGGUCCAGUGGGGGAGCCUGGAUUGGCAGGGGAAAAGGGUGAUCGAGGGACAAUGGGUUUGCCAGGACCACCAGGAGAGAAAGGAUCUGAGGGACAUCCAGGUACUCCAGGAGAAAGCGGCCUUCCCGGCCCACCAGGUCCUCCGGGCCCCGCAGGAUCACGUGGCCCCACCGGCACUCGAGGACCCAAAGGGAGGCGGGGUCCACGGGGGCUGGAUGGCCCAGUUGGCGAGGCUGGCACGGAGGGGAAAAAGGGUCUCGAUGGUCCUCCUGGAAAAAUUGGCUUCCCUGGAGACCAGGGUAAAAUUGGAGAGCCUGGAGAGGUGGGACCAAAAGGAUUUCCAGGAAUCCAGGGGCCUUCUGGGGCUCCAGGAGCCAAAGGAAUCGCAGGAGAACCAGGUCCCCCAGGAAUACUAGGAGCAGUAGGGGCUCUCGGAAACAUUGGACCAAAGGGGCCUCCAGGAAAAGUGGGAGACCCCGGAGUUUUGGGUGAACCAGGAGAAAAGGGUGCGGCGGGAGCUGAAGGAAAUGCUGGAGCUCCAGGAAUCAUUGGACCAAGGGGAGAGCCAGGUUUGGAGGGGGAGGCUGGUCCUGCUGGUCCUGAUGGCACUAAGGGGGAGAAAGGGGACAUGGGGCAGGAAGGCGAACCCGGCAUGAGAGGUGAAUCCGGAAUCAAAGGCAAAGAGGGACCACCAGGCGACCCCGGACUUACUGGUGUCAGAGGUCCUGAAGGAAAGCCAGGGAAAAUAGGAGAAAGAGGAAAGCCUGGCCUGAAGGGAGCAAAGGGCAACAUGGGACACCUGGGAGAGACUGGAACUGUGGGGAAACUGGGACCAAUUGGAGCCACUGGGCCCAAGGGGUCGAGAGGAACCAUCGGACCUGUGGGAGCUCCUGGACGGAUGGGUCAGCAGGGGGAAACCGGCAUAGCAGGGUAUGAGGGUCACCAGGGGCCAACAGGUCCAUUGGGGCCUCCAGGACCAAAAGGUGAAAAGGGUGAACACGGGGAUGAUGGGAAGAUUGAGGGUCCUCCUGGCCCCCCUGGACUCAGAGGUAGAGUUGGAGAUCCAGGAGACCGAGGGGAGUCAGGUGAUCCAGGAUAUCCAGGUCAGCAGGGGGUGGACGGAUUAAGAGGCAAACCUGGAGCACCUGGAUUACCUGGUCAUCCUGGUCCUCGUGGACAACAAGGACCCAAAGGAUCAAAAGGCGAGCAGGGUCAGAAGGGAAAACAGGGUAAACAAGGAGAACGUGGAACUAGAGGAACAACGGGUACUGUUGGAUUGCCUGGUCCAAGAGGUGUGGUUGGUCGGGAAGGGCAGGAGGGCGUUCCAGGAGCUGACGGUAUUCCAGGAAAAGAUGGGACUAAAGGAAUUCUGGGUGAUCAAGGAGAUGAUGGUGCCAUCGGUCUCUCCGGUAAGCCUGGAGCUCGGGGGAAAGUGGGUGUUCCGGGGUUACGAGGAGAUCAGGGUUCAUUUGGUCCAAAGGGUGAGCGAGGUCUCCCAGGUCACCCCGGCCCUUCAGGAAAGAGAGGCUUCAAAGGAGUGACGGGCCUUCCAGGAUCUCAGGGGGACCGGGGACCCAAAGGACAGCCAGGGGAUGUUGGAGAACCUGGGUUUCCAGGGAUACUCGGAAUGUUUGGACCAAAGGGGCCUUCAGGUGACUUUGGGAUCAAAGGUAUUCGGGGACCUAAAGGACCUCCUGGUUCAAUAGGGAAAGGUGGAGUUCCUGGUCCAGUUGGUAUAAUUGGCCCAGCUGGCAGCCCGGGUCCUAGAGGAGAUAGUGGUAGCAGAGGAGAAAUGGGUGCCCAGGGGCCAAGAGGUGCUCCUGGACCUCGUGGACCUCCCGGACCACCGGGGCCUCCCAGCAUCCCACUGUCCUUUCAACGGGACGAUAGUGGAGUACCUUUGCCUUCGUUUGCUGGAUCACACUCUGCGCUCAAACCUCAGGGUGUGGCAGUGCUGGAUCUGCCAAUGCUGGACAAGGCUCCAGAGAUUCUGCGGACGCUGCACUACCUGAGUUUGUUGGUGCACAGCCUGAAGAAUCCUCUGGGCACACGGGACCACCCAGCUCGCCUCUGCCGGGACCUGCACACCUGCCAAUACAAACUCAACGAUGGCACUUACUGGAUUGACCCCAACAUGGGUUGCUCCUCUGACUCUAUAGAAGUUUCCUGCAACUUCACAGGAGGUGGACUUACCUGCCUCAGGCCAAUCACAGUGUCCAAGCUGGAGUUCAGCGUUGGACUGAUCCAAAUGAGCUUCCUGCAUUUACUGAGCUCAAGGGCAGAGCAACGCAUCACCAUCCACUGCCUUAAUGUCUCCAUCUGGAGCUUUGGCCAGUCUCAGUCCUCUUCUCCGAAUGCUGUGAAGUUCAGAGGGUGGAAUGGAGAGAUGCUGGAGCCAGACGUGUUGGAGGACACCUGCUGGCAGCGGGACGGACAAUGGCAGCGUGCCGUCUUCCUUUUCAGAGUGAACGACGCCUCUUUCCUUCCUGUAAAACACAUCAACAAUCUUCCUGAAACCGCACUCUCGUCACGCUACCAUCUCGAGGUUGGACCUGUGUGUUUCCUUUAGUGUGUGUAUGUAUAAUUUACAUAUGCACACAUACACACCAUGCUUCUUCCUCGCAAGCGAUGUCCAGUUAAAGCAGCCCACAUCCCGCACACUUCGGUAUUCAGCCACUGAUUGGACUGCAGACACGGGACGAGGUGGAGUGGGCAUGGCUUUUGAGUGGAUUUAGCACUAAAGACUGUGGAGAGGAAGGUCCUGCCCUUCCAGCCGUGGAUGUCCAGCGAGAGCAGGCUCUGAAAUACAGCCCGGUCAGCAUUGAUUCAGGACGUCCAUGAUCUGGGAGAAACUGCCAUACUGUCCGUCUUUCUCUCCUUCUCUAUCUCUCUUUCUCUCUCUCUCUAUCACUCUCAUACCCUGUUAAAUACUAAGUAUAAUAAGUUAUUGUAAUUCUUGUACUAACUAUGGAACUAUGAUCUAUUUUAAAGAAGAAUUAAGAUAAUUGGGAAAAAAAACAUAUUUAUAUAUCUGUACUUGAUCUUUAUUCCGGAGCUUUUAUACGGUAACAGUUUCAGUGCAAUAGGAAACAGAAGGAAAUUAUUAGAGAGAUUAUUAAAGAUUGGUUACAUAUUGUGUGGGAUUAACUUUAUGGAUGGCUUUUCAGGGGAACUGUCAAUCAAAUGUGUGUGAUUGAUUGAAAACAGUUAGACAGGGAAGUAUAAGUAUGAGUUUGUUUGUGUGUGUGUAUGCUUGCAUUUUAAUGUGACCAGUCAGGGAGAUGCUGAUUCUUUAAUGUAGUGUGUGUAAUUGUGUGUGUGUAUGUUUGUGUGUGUGCGUGUUUGUGUAUGUGUGUGUGUGUGUGUGUGUGUGUCAAAGAUCCGUGGAGAUCUAUGCAAGGUUCUCUUUACAUCACCUACGCCACGUCCUGAGAGCACUGGGCAGUCUAGUGGUGUUUCUCAGGCAAUCAGGAGGAGGAAUCUUUAGCAAACCAGUGUCUGAUGCUCAGACUGGGCGUGUCUUUUAUAUGCAGGUGUGCCGGUCCUGUGGGUGUGUCUUUUUCUAAGGGGUGUGUCCACCCCUACAAGGUGCUAUUUGAGUCGCGUGUUUGCGCGUGAACGUUCAGUGCCGUAGACGGUGCUGACUUACGAAAAAUGGUGCUUAAACUUCAAGCAGCCCUUAUCACCCCGUAGCCUCGGCUCCCCUCCCACAGAGCAAAGCACUAAAGUAAACGUUGCAAGCAAUUCACAAGCAGGCGUCCAUUUGCUGUGUUCAAAUCAUAUGUAGCAUCAGUGUCCUGAAUACACCAAAUCCAAAUGGUGAAGAAGACAAUGGGAUGGGACAUAAACAUUGAAAUCCAGCUGUUUAGAUACAUAAUAUGGACAAAAAAGUUUAUCUAGCUUUUGCUCAUCUAGUAAAAGUACUGUCCAGAAAAAGCUUUCUGCUAGCAAUCUGCAUUGCUAUUUUUGAUUGCAUCCAGCAAUAAGAGCUAAAAUUAGAAUUACUGCAGUCCAGGUGUUGGAUGAUCACUACCCCCACCUCAUCCACAACUUCCCAGCUUAUCCCAAAUAUAUGGAGCACUAUUAUUCCAGAGAACACAGUUCUACUGCUCCACAGCUCCCACUAGCCCACACCUGGCAUUAUGCAAGGUGACCAUAGCUUCAUAUUUCUCCAGAGAUUUUAAAUCUGCUGGCAGUACUUCUCCACACGCUGUGUACAUGGUUUAAACAUCCGUGUCAGCAAUUGGUGCAACUUAAAGUAACUGAUUGCAUGCAUUAGAAGGGGUGUCCACAAACAUCUGAACAUUAAGUGUAUUCACCUGGCUCAACACCAGUGAUCUCAAACCCUGCUUAUUGGGAGCUACUGCAUCGAGUACACCCAGACUUUAUAGUGUAGCCUGCACACAUUUAUAAAUGUAAGUGUGCAUGUCAGGUUACUCUCCAGGCACCAAAUAUUCUUGUCAACCUGGUACGUCUUUAGCCCUAUCUGGAUGGGAUUAGUUACUCAGAGGGGGCGUCUGUGAAAAAUAUUUUACUCUUCUACUCAGUGAUAAAACUCUUUCAUCCUGGCAAUUAAAAAAAAAACAGAAGGACCAGUAAGAUUUUUGGCUUUCUCAGUCACAUGGCAUCGCGUUCAGUAGCUCCUCCAUUUCCACUCGCUGUUUUGUUUACGUAGAUCUCCAUGGAAACGUGCGCCCAAAGUGUAAUUACGGUGUGUGGCAGUGGAAAAAGAGCUAUUUUGUUAAACGUGAGGUGACGAAACUCAGAGAUGUGCGUCUGGACGGGACAAACAGCAGGUAUUUCAGCCUGUAAUUUUCUCAGAGGACAUCUGAAAAAACACACACAUGGUCGUUCCGGACAGGAAUAAAAUCACAGAGGACCCCCACUAAAAGUGAAAGUUACCCCAAGACCCCCUGAGAAACAAAUCCCGUCCAGAUAGGAUUUUUGUCUGGCAGGUUAGUCAGGUUUUAGACUGGCCAAGAGACCUGCUAUCUUGGAUGGUCACUGGUGUUGCAGAUGCAUGGUGGUACCUGUUGCAUAGGUUCAGCAUAGAAUGAAGGUUCCUGGCCAGAGGGUCUAGCUUCUUUGCUGGUUUCCUAGCAACCAAGAACAUAUCAUAAAAUGUAUGCUGUUGUAGGCCAACUUUGAAAAGUAGUGCUUUGGUACUUUAGCCCAGGCCACAAAGGCUGCAUUGCGAAUAUAUGUAACACGCUCCACAGACUAAUUCUCUGUUUUAAAGUUAAGUGGAUACGUAGGGGUUGUUUCCAUAGACUUUUUGCCCCAGAGCUGAGAAUUCUUAUUUGUGCAUCCAAAAAGGUUCUGUAAGGAAGGCCUACAGUUUCUUCUUUCUUUGCUUACAUGCAUACACGUGUAUAAUUAUUUGAGCUUUAAUGUAUACAGCAGGUCCCACUUUAGCUAAUUUAAACCUAUUUAAAUAUUAAAGUAAACAUGGUUGGGGAACUGUUUUUGUCCGAACAAAAAAACAUUACCUGAACUUAAUGUAACAGCAUCCCAACUGGUCUUGGAGUUGGUAGAAUUGUUUUUGUUAUUAUUAUGUGUAAAUUUGGGACUCCAGAGAACAAUAUAUUGCAAUGUUUUACUGUUGUUUUUUUAUAUCCUUUAUAUUUCAUUUUGUUCUAGAUUUGUUUUGUCUCUGAUUAUCAUACUGUAUGGAACUUAAGUCUUCAGUCAUGUUAACAUUUCAAACAGGUUAUGUGAAUUUGUUUAGGUUCAUUUUCAAGCCAAUUACCUCACUCUGCUGGACGUCAUCCAUCGGCUCUUGUCUGUGAUAGUUCUGGUCCAUUUCCAUGUAAAUAAGUCUGACAAGCUUGUCAACUUCCAGCUUGUCAAAGCAUAUUUUUAUUUAACAUUGUUUUCAGUCUAAUUCUCAGUGCUUUUCUCACUGCCAUUUUCCAUGCUUGGUUAAAUCUGGAGUAAAUGCUUACAUACCCAAUAAAGAUGUUCUUACAUGCUGCAGCGUGUCCAUCUUCA